AUGGCCCGGAGACCCCGGCACAGUAUAUAUAGUAGUGAUGAUGACGAAGAAGAUGUUGAGAUGUAUGAUCACGAUUAUGAUGGUCUGCUUCCUAAGACUGGAAAACGUCACUUAGGAAAAACCAGGUGGACCCGCGAAGAGGAUGAGAAACUGAAGAAGCUUGUGGAGCAGAAUGGCACAGAAGACUGGAAAGUCAUUGCCAAUUUCCUUCCUAAUCGGACAGAUGUUCAGUGCCAGCACCGAUGGCAGAAGGUACUAAACCCAGAACUUAUUAAAGGUCCGUGGACUAAAGAGGAGGAUCAAAGGGUAAUAGAACUCGUGCAGAAAUACGGUCCAAAGCGCUGGUCUGUCAUUGCUAAGCAUUUGAAGGGAAGGAUUGGAAAACAGUGCAGGGAGAGGUGGCACAACCAUUUGAAUCCAGAAGUGAAGAAAACCUCCUGGACAGAAGAGGAAGAUAGAAUUAUUUACCAGGCACACAAGAGACUGGGGAACAGAUGGGCAGAAAUUGCAAAGUUGCUGCCUGGACGAACUGAUAAUGCUAUUAAGAACCACUGGAAUUCCACCAUGCGCCGAAAGGUUGAGCAGGAGGGCUACCUGCAGGAGUCCUCCAAAGCCUGUCACUCCUCAGCGGCCACAGGCUUUCAGAAGAGCAACCACUUGAUGGCCUUUGCUCACAACCCACCUUCUGCACAGCUGCCAGUAGCCGGCCAGCCGCCGCUGAGCAGUGACUACCCCUACUACCACAUCUCUGAGCCACAAAACGUCCCUGGUCAGAUCCCAUAUCCAGUAGCACUGCAUGUAAAUAUUGUCAAUGUUCCUCAGCCAGCUGCUGCAGCUAUUCAGAGACACUAUAAUGAUGAAGACCCUGAGAAAGAAAAACGAAUAAAGGAAUUAGAGUUGCUACUAAUGUCGACUGAGAAUGAACUGAAAGGGCAGCAGGCAUUACCAACACAGAACCACACAUCAAACUACCCCGGCUGGCACAGCACCACAAUUGCUGACAGUACCAGGACCAGUGGUGACAAUGCACCUGUUUCCUGUUUGGGGGAACAUCACCACUGUACUCCAUCUCCACCGGUGGAUCACGGUUGCUUACCUGAGGAAAGUGCAUCCCCUGCGCGGUGCAUGAUUGUUCACCAGAGCAACAUCCUGGAUAAUGUUAAGAAUCUCUUAGAAUUUGCAGAAACACUCCAGUUAAUAGACUCCGAUCCUUCAUCAUGGGGUGAUCUCAGCAGUUUUGAAUUCUUUGAAGACACAGACACUUCGGCUAGCAAAGCUCCCUCAGGCAAAGUCGUGCAGCUUCAGCAAAGAGGGUCCAGUGCUUGUAGACCUCAAGGACACCCCAUCACAAACUUGAGCAAAAUCAUGUCGAGUCAGGGCUCUCCUGGCUCACCAAAGUCCUUAUCUGCCUCACAGGGCAGCGCGGCUCCGUGGGUCCUUCUUCACAAAAGGAGAGGGCACUCCAGCCCCUUAGCCAGUGGCCACGGUAGCAGCUUGGUCCUAGCUGACGUCAGCAGCUCAACUCCUAAGCGCUCCCCUGUCAAAAGCCUGCCCUUCUCUCCCUCGCAGUUCUUAAACACCUCAUCCAAUCAUGAAAACCUGAACCUGGACAACCCUGCGCUAACUUCCACGCCGGUGUGUGGCCAUAAGAUGGCUGUUACCACUCCAUUCCACAGGGACCAGACUUUCAAAGCUCAGAAGGAAAAUCAUGUUUUCAGAACUCCAGCAAUCAAGAGGUCUAUAUUAGAGAGCUCUCCAAGAACACCCACUCCAUUCAAAAACGCACUUGCAGCUCAGGAAAUCAAAUAUGGUCCUUUGAAGAUGCUGCCUCAAACUCCGACUCAUCUUGUAGAAGAUCUGCAGGACGUUAUCAAGCAGGAGUCGGAGGAAUCUGCAAUAGUGGCUGGGCUACAUGAAAGUGGACCCCCUUUGCUGAAGAAAAUCAAACAAGAGGUGGAGUCUCCUACAGAUAAAGGUGGAAAUUUUUUUUGCUUGAAUCACUGGGAAGGAGAAAACCUGAACACUCAGCUCUUUACACAUACAUCUACUAUGGAGGAUGUGCCAAAUCUUCUUACCAGCUCCAUUUUAAAGAUGCCUGUGUCUGAAGAGGAUGGUAGUUUUCACAAAACAUUUGCAGUACCUAGGAACAGGCCACUAGCUAGUCCUCUGCAGCAUCUGAACAAUGCCUGGGAGCCAGCGUCCUGCGGGAAGGUCGAGGAUCAGAUGGCCCUGACGGAUCAGGCACGGAAGUACAUGGCCGCCUUCCCCACCCGGACUCUGGUGAUGUGA